CUCGAGCAUCAGUUGCUCUUUUUAUUGGUUACAACGCUCCUCAUCCUUCCAACUUCGACAGGUGAUCAGAGCGUCGUGGCUGUUCUAGGUUUAUAAUGGAACUUACCUCUUUGCCUAAAUUCCUUUGGACAAGUGACAACAAGCUUCUGCAUCACCAUUUUCCAGACAUACUGGCUACUGUUCAUACCACACAAGACAUCCCUGAAGAAGUUGUUUUUGGACCAUGCAUGCUCCAGAACACCCUGCUGGACACUGUAGCUUUCAUUGCUCUCAAGUGUUCUGACAGACGGAACAUACACUAUGUAUUUAAGGUGGAUGUCACAUCUGUGCACAGUCCCACAGGCCUGCCCUGGAUGAGACUCGUACAAGCAGCUGCCCAUAGCAAGGAGCAGAACUUGGAAGCUUACUUGGAAAACAGUCAGUUAUACUAUCGCUCCACAAGGAAAAUCAGCAAAAAUGAGGAGCUGCUUGUCUGGUAUGAUGAGGAGCUUUCCAGCCUCUUGGGUUUCAAUGAGAUAAAAGCUCAGAGGCCCCAGAAUGAGUUGAGAUGCCAAGAGUGCGACCGAGUCUUUAAAUGUGAGCAUUCCUAUCUGUCCCAUGUCCGCUUCCUCUGUGUCCCAGAGAAGAGUGCUCUGCUAUGGAGAAACUUCCAGAACCCUAAAACUGAAAAGGGCAGCCUAGCUGUGCAGACCACGAAUUUCCACAGUCUGGCAAGGGACCUGGAAGUUAAAAUGGCAGCUUGUAAAGACGAUGCACAUGGUGUUAUUGGAGAAAGGAGAGCGAAAUCUGAAGAGGGUGAGAGCAACAGGAGCAGGAAAACAGUGCUGUUGGAGAAAACCAAUAACUUGACUGAGGAACAUAACUGUGGGGGCAAGGAAGAGGUUGGGGGAGAGCAUGCAUUGGCUGGUUCUUUCAGGAAGCUUAGUUCAGGGAGGCAGUCAGCUAGGAAGGAUGCUUUAGAGCAGAAGCAGAGUGCUUUCACUGAGGUCAGGAGGAUGAAAGAGAAGCUGAGGAAUGAGAGACUGCAGGAGCCAGAGCAGGAGGAUGGCACGGCCCCACUUGGUAAGGAGCAGAUGUCAAAGGAAGUGUUGCUGAACUCCUCUGGUAGUGCUUUCUCCUUUGUUUGGCCCACCAGAGCUCGAGGAGAACAGAAGAGUGCUUUCAGCAAGCCCAGUAAGUGCAUAACAGAAAGAGCUGCAGUAAAUUCUUCUCAUCCCAUGAGUGAGUCAACAAAGAGCCUGGGGGAGCUGUCUGGCUUCAUUGCCACCGCAGACAUCAUGUGCUGCAGCAGUCUUCUCAAUUCCAAGUUCUUUGUCAGUGAUUUGUGUAAUGCUCAGAUGCUGCAGACAAGCAUCACUCGAAGCAGUGCUUUCCCAUAUACCUCAGAACCGUGGCUCAAGCAAGCAGGACAAUUACAAAACACCACCACCACUUCCUCCUCCUCCUCCUCCUCCUCUUCUUCCUCUUCCUUGACUCUUCUUCCCCCCACCUUCACCUCCUUUGGAGUGGCUGCCCAGAACUGGUGUGCCAAAUGCAACCUGUCCUUUCGCAUGACAUCUGAUUUAGUCUUCCACAUGCGGUCACAUCACAAGAAAGAAUACUCCUCAAGUGAAUCCCAGUGCAAGAGGAGGCGGGAGGAGAAGCUGACGUGUCCCAUUUGCCACGAGUACUUCCGAGAACGCCAUCAUUUAUCCCGGCACAUGACUUCUCAUAAUUAGAGCUGUGCAGGCAGAUGUCGCCAAGGGACCCCGCAGGUUGGAUGAAGAAGGGAAUUAUAGUUCACUUAAAUCUAUUUGAGUUUACAUUAAUUUCUUUCAGGAAAUCACUGUUUACAAUAAUUUAUAAUAGAUGCUUUGCGAAAAAAUAUUAAAUGUUUACAAGAGUCUGCGUGGGUUUUAAGUUCUGAAAACUCAACCUAGUCCUUGUCAACCUAUUUUUGAGGAAAUAAAAUAGUGAAAUGAA